AUGAUUGAUCUGCAGCUGUUGCAAGUCGAGAAGGGCGGCAAUCCCGAGGUGGUACGCGAGUCGCAGCGCAAGCGCUUUGCAUCGGUAGAGCUUGUCGAUGAAGUGCUGUCACUGUACAAGACCUGGGUGACCCUCGAAUUCCAGCUGAACCAAAUGCAGCAGGAAGUGAAUGCGAUCCAAAAAGUCAUCACUACGAAAAAGAAGGCGAAGGAGGACGCUGAUGCCGAGCUCGCACAAAAGAAAGAACAGGAUGCUAAGAUUGCUGAUUUCAAGCCUAAAGUAGCGGAGGCUGAGCGCGAGAUGCGCCUCAAGGCAGGCACGAUCGGUAACAUUGUGGGUGACAAGGUGCCGGUAUCUGAGACAGAGGACGACAACCUGGUGACCAAGACGUGGCACCCUGAUGGACCGAAUGGACAGUUCGAGAAGAAGGACCACUUUCUAUCGCACCACGAAGUCAUGUACCGCCUUGAUCUGUUUGACACGGAGCGUGGCGCCAAAAUUUCGGGUCACCGUGGCUUUUUCCUAACAGGUGAUGGCGUAGACCUGAAUCAGGCACUAAUUAACUACGGACUGGACUUUUUGCGCAAGAAAGAGUACAAGAAGAUCAUGACGCCGUUCAUGAUGCGCAAGGAGCACAUGGCCAAGACGGCCCAACUUGACCAGUUUGACGAAGAGCUGUACAAGGUGACAGGCGACGAAGACGACAAGUACCUGAUUGCUACGUCUGAGCAGCCGAUCUCGGCUUUCCACUCGAACGAGUGGUUUGACCGCCCAGCUGAGCAGCUGCCGAUCAAGUAUGCCGGCUACUCGACAUGCUUCCGCAAGGAAGCCGGCUCUCACGGCAAAGAUACCUGGGGUAUCUUCCGUGUGCACCAGUUUGAAAAGAUUGAGCAGUUUUGCAUCACGGACCCAGCUAGCUCAUGGGACAUGCUCGACCAUAUGCUCGCGAACUCGGAGGAGUUCUACCAGAGUCUGCAGAUCCCAUACCGCGUCGUGGCCAUCGUGUCGAGCGCACUGAAUAAUGCUGCAGCGAUGAAGUACGAUCUCGAGGCAUGGUUCCCCUUCCAGGGUGAGCACAAGGAACUUGUGUCUUGCUCAAACUGCACGGACUACCAGAGUCGGCGCCUCGAAGUGCGCUGUGGCAUGAAGAAACAGGGUGAUUCGAAGAAACAGUACUGCCACAUGCUCAACGGCACGCUGUGUGCCACGGAGCGUGCGCUGUGCUGUCUCGUGGAAAACUGGCAGACGCCCGACGGCCUGCGCAUUCCACCGCCGCUUCAGCCGUACAUGCAGGGCCGCGACUUUUUGCCGUUUGUCAGGGACCUGCCCAAGGGCUCGACGAGCCAGAAGCGCAAGUAG